UUUUAAACUUGUCCGGCAGCCGUAAAAACUCGAACUCCGAUCAUGGCAGGUGCUAAAACAGACGUUGACGAGAAACUAUCGAYGUUCUUGCAGUCAGGGAUUUACCGGUUCGAAGGAUCAAAUGCGGUAUUCAUGGAUCCAGUUCGUGUCCUCAGCCUGUCCUACACGCAUUUUAGGGUUUCUCCAUCUUCUUACUACUCUCGUUUCUUUGAACCGAGUCCGUCCGGUGAAGAUAGGGUUUCGGAAAAUCAAAGAAAACGGAAACGUAAAGAGAAAAAACCUCGCRCGCUUAAUGAAAGAGAACAAGCAGCUGACGAACGCCAUCAGAAGGCGAAACCUUUCUUGAUGAAGGCGCACGAAUGUUUGCUCGAAGCUAAUGAUCUUUUGCUAAAUUUGAAGAAAUUGAGGAAUGAUGAUUUCUUAACAUCUGACUGUACGGUAGCAAGUGAUGAGCAUUCGUUUGUUGAGCUUGGGAGCGUAUGGCAAGCUCCAUUGUUUGAAAUUUCACUGYAUCUUAAUCAGGAUUACACCUCAAAACAAGGUUCCCAGUCUGUUCAAAACUGUGAAAAAAGAAAUAUUCCAGCAUUUGGCAGCUUGGUUGCAAAUGAGACAAACWGCGACAUGGAGGCUGAUUUUCUAAAUCGCAAGUACAUAAUACCCAGAAAGAGUUCCUUUUACAUGUCUGAUCUGAAGAAGAUUCAUGGCCUGAUCCCUGUGAAACGUGAUUGCGGAUUCAAUAUUAUUGUGAUUGAUCCACCUUGGGAAAAUAGCAGUGCUUCCCAAAAAUUGAAGUACCCAACUUUGCCCAAUCGAUACUUCUUGUGUCUUCCUAUUAAAAGACUUGCUCAUGCAGAUGGAGCGUUGGUAGCUCUGUGGGUAACCAAUAAGGAGAAACUAAGGAUAUUUGUUGAAAAAGAUCUAUUCCCUAAAUGGGGAGUCAAGUACAUGGCAACUCAUUAYUGGUUGAAGGUGAAACCAAAUGGUUCUUUGAUUGGUGAAUUGGAUCUCUUCCAUCAUAGACCAUAUGAAUGUCUGGUCCUUGGUUAUUGUUGUCCAAAGGAUGAGGAUUCCGAGUGUUUCUCGAAACUCAAAUCCAUUCCAGAUGGUCAAGUGCUYCUCAGCAUCCCCGGAGAUUACUCGAGGAAACCCCCAAUAGGAGAAAUGCUACUGGAUUAUAUACGUGGAUCAGGACCUGCUCAUGGCAUUGAACUCUUUGCUAGAGAAUUGUUAGCUGGAUGGACAUCUUGGGGGAAUGAACCACUUCGCUUUCAAGAUUCAAGAUACUUUUCCAGCACAUACCAAUAACGCUUUCGUUCGGAAUCUUCUGGCUGGCAAUAUUUUGGAAUCCYGUGGACCCACUCAACAAUUGAGAUAGAGGUAAAACCGAUUUUACAACAUCGAUGGAGAAGACUCAAACUCAUCGAAAAUAAAAAAAAGCUUGGUUUCAGUUCUGCC